GGUUUUGACCGUCAGAGACAGUAAUACGGUAGUUGAUUCGUGCGGAGGGAAAUCUAUAAAGGGGUGAAGAAGACCAAGAAUAAGUAAAAGCUUCAGAAGCAGCCAUGGACAUGUCGAGCGACUUCGAUAGACUGCUCUUCUUCGAGCAUGCCCGCAAGACCGCGGAGACUACCUACGCCAAGAACCCUCUCGAUGUGGAUAACUUGACGAGAUGGGGAGGAGCUUUGCUGGAAUUAUCUCAGUUUCAGAGCGUUCCAGAUUCGAAGAAAAUGAUUCAAGAAUCCAUUUCAAAGCUGGAGGAGGCAUUGUCACUUAAUCCAAAAAAACAUGAUACUCUUUGGUGCUUGGGAAAUGCCCUCACUUCUCAAGCUUUUCUAACUCCUGAUCAGGAUGAGGCUAGGGAAUAUUUUGACAAGUCUGCCGUCUACUUCAAACAAGCUGUUGAAGAGGAUCCGUCCAAUGAACUUUACCGCAAAUCUUUAGAAGUUUCCACUAAGGCUCCAGAAUUACACUCAGAGAUCCACAAGCAUGGAGGACCUGAAUUUGCUGGACCUUCUGCCUCAUUCACUUCAACAAUGGUAAUCCUCUUUAACUUCAAUAGUCCUUUGCGUUUUUAUUUUCAUUUUUGUUCCUUUUUAGAAACCUGAGCUUUUGUUCUUCUUCUUCUUCUUCUGUAUUUCCAUUUUCCUUACUGAAAUGCUUUUAUGAUGAUGACAUGUCUAGUCAGAACAUGUAGUCUUGACUAGAUAUUUGUAACUGAGUUUUGGCUAGUUACAAGCCAUUUUUUGGAGAUUUACCGGCUACAAAUGUGAAGAAGAAACACAUUCAAACGAGGCCUGCCCCUCUCGAGAAAAAACUACACAAUCUACCUUGCAAAAUGCCUUAGUCACUCUCUCAAUUGACUUCUAGAUUAGGAGAUUAGCUCUCAAACUCUCCAGUUUUAAGUUUUAAUUAUUUUUGUGUGAGGUCUGUCCCUUUUCAUAGGUUUUCUUCUGGACCAGUUCUACAACUUUUGUUAGCAUAUUUCAAUUCUGUCAAUGCAAUCAAGUUUUAGUUUUGUA